AUGCGGACCAUUGAUGACGUAGCAAUUGUUGACGAGGACGGCACAACCACCCCCACCACCACCGCCACCAAAGAGUCCGAGCAAAAGUUGGAGGACAAUUUCAACGCGUUCACGACGUUGAAAGCCGUAGAUCUAGCGAGGCCGUUGCGGGAGGUGCAGAUCCCGUACAAGAUCCACAUCGUGAAGGACCACAAUAUGAGGGAGAGGCUGUGUUUGGAGGUCGAGAGGUUGGGGCUCAACGCCGUCAUCAUGGGGAGCAGGGGAUUUGGUGCGGCACGAGGCGACAGCGACGGUAAGCUCAAUAGCGUCAGCGAUUACUGCGUCCACCACUGUGUCUAUCCUGUCGUCAUGGUGCGAUAUCCGGACGACGGCGAUGGUGACGUGCAAGCCGUGGUUGACGCUAAGGAAGAGGAUGGGGAGGAGGAGAAGAACAAUCGGAAAGGUUAG